GAUUUUGUGUGAGCAGCUCUGGAAUUAGCAGGUAGAAAAAUUAAGAGUGUGAAGACGUUGGAGAGAUUAGUAUGUAGAGGAACGUGUGGAACGGAAUAUGGUGCUACCCUCUGGAACUUGGGAGAGAAAAGGGUAUGGGUGAGAAGGCAGGUAGGAAAAUGCAAGUUACAGGGAAAAAGAAGCAGAGGAGUUGAAAACUGAAUAAUGGUCGUUGACACAGAUCAGUGAAGGUAAAAUUGUUAGUUGGUUAUUGGUGGUUUGGAGCUAGUUUCCAUUCGAGUUUUUAUGUUAGAAAUUUUCUCAAGAAUUCUGCAUUUCCUAAUAAACCAAGGGUAUCUGCAGCCUUGGGAUGAAGGCCAAGGGUUGACAGAUGUUUUCCUGGUGUGUGGAUGUGGGUAAUUUCUGCCCUGGCAGAGGGAAGAAGUGAGGCCUCAGUGUAGCUGUUUUGGCUCUGUUCCCACCAACUCUUUCCUCAGAUGUCCUCUGUGUGUGUGUGUGUGUGUGUGUGUGUGUGUGUUAUCUCUUCCCUGUCCCCUGCAGCUUGAGCCAGUGAAUACCAGAGGGAUCAAACAGUUGCAACCAACGCAAUGUCUUACUACCUCAACUCCGAAAACCACCUGGACCCAGGGCCCAUCUACGUGCGAGAAAAUGGGCAGUUGCACAUGGUCAAUCUGGCCUUGGAUGGCGUCAGGAGUAGCCUGCAGAAGCCAAGGCCUUUCAGACUGUUUCCCAAAGGCUUUUCUGUGGAGCUUUGCAUGAACAGGGAAGAUGACACUGCGCAGAAGGAGAAGACUGACCAUUUCAUCUUCACAUACACGCGGGAGGGGAAUCUUCGCUACUCUGCCAAAUCCCUCUUCAGCCUGGUCCUGGGCUUCAUCUCCGACAACGUUGAUCACAUUGAUUCCCUUAUCGGCUUUCCUGAGCAGAUUGCUGAAAAGCUGUUCUCUGCUGCUGAAGCCAGACAGAAAUUCACAGAGCCAGGUGCGGGGCUAAGGGCUUUGCAGAAAUUCACCGAGGCCUACGGAAGUCUGGUGCUUUGCUCCCUGUGUUUGCGAAACAGAUAUCUGGUGAUCUCAGAAAAACUUGAGGAGAUUAAGUCUUUCCGGGAGCUGACCUGUCUGGAUCUUUCCUGUUGCAAGCUUGGAGAUGAGCAUGAACUUCUAGAACAUCUCACUAACGAGGCCCUGUCUAGUGUAACUCAGCUCCACCUGAAGGAUAAUUGUUUAUCUGAUGCCGGGGUGCGGAAAAUGACAGCACCAGUUCGAGUGAUGAAAAGAGGCCUUGAAAAUCUAACAUUAUUAGAUUUAUCUUGUAAUCCUGAGAUCACAGAUGCAGGAAUUGGAUACCUCUUUUCUUUUAGAAAACUAAACUGCUUAGAUAUCUCUGGGACGGGGCUCAAGGACAUCAAAGCCAUCAAACACAAGCUCCAGACCCACAUAGGCCUCGUCCACUCCAAAGUGCCUUUGAAGGAAUUUGAUCACAGUAACUGCAAGACAGAGGGCUGGGCUGACCAGAUUGUUCUGCAGUGGGAACGUGUGACUUUGGAAGCUGUGAAGCUACGGGAAACCUCGGAACCUCGAAAGGCAGCUCAGCACUUCUAUGGGAAGCGGGAUCGAACAGAAACCCCAGCGAAGUGUCCCCUGGCAGACACCCACAUGAACUCUUCCGAGAAACUCCAGUUCUAUAAAGAGAAAGCCCCAGACUGCCAUGGGCCAUUGUUGAAACGCGAAGCUGUCUCAAGCCAGGAGUCAAAGAAGAGCAAGAAGAGAGCUUUUGAGGAGCCAGAAAAGGAACAGAGUAACUCUUCACAGUCUUCAAAGCAGAAAUAUGUGUGUCUUUCUGUGGAAGACUGGGACUUGUUAAAUUCCUAUUGACGGGCAGAUAGAAGUUGACCUUUUUCCCUCCAACUCUAAUGUAUGGGGAAAGAGGGCUGAUGAUGUUUUCCCUUUUGUUUGAAUUUACCUAUGGUAUUAGCAUAGCAAACAUAUUUCUACUUUUGUGGUGGGGGAGGGGAAUGCUAUGGAAGUAUGAUAAUUUCUAAUGUAUAUUUUCAAUACAUAGUAAUUUUUUCAAAUAAACGUUUUUGCUGU